UGCCUCCUGACCUCAUCACGUUCUUCGUUAACUGAGCUCGCGCACUCCAUACGUGCAGACAUUUUGUUACACAUUAAGAGAGCUGUAGGUAGAGCCAACUAGAGUUGGAGAGCUCAUGGGCAACGCCAUUCUUGCCGGGAAGCGGCGGAAGGCGAGGGUGAUGACGGUGGACGGCACAACGUACAAGUACCGCCCCCCGGCGGCGGCGUGCGACGCGCUGCGCGACCACCCGGGACACCACCUGCUGGAGUCGGAGGAGGUCAGGCGGCUCGGCGUGCGCGCGCGGCCGCUCGACCCGGACGCGCCGCUCAAGCCCGGGAAGCUCUACUUCCUCGUCGAGCUGCCCCGGAUCUCGUCGCGCGCCCCGCGCAGGACGUGGUCCGGCGCGCUCAACUACGGCGGCGGUGCGGGGGCCUGGGAGCGGCUGGAGGGCCUUAUGCUCGCGCGGCGGUCGGCCUCGGACGUGGCCGAGGCGGUGAAGGCGAUGACGGCGGCGGGGUCGUCGUCGCCCGCGUCGUCCGUGGAGGCCGCGGAGGACGGCGCGGUGCGGCUGCGGGUGCAGCUGCCCAAGGCCGAGGUCGCGCGGCUCGUCAAGGAGAGCCGCGACGCCGCCGAGGCGGCGGAGAGGAUCAUGCAGCUCUGCGUCGCCAGGGAUCACCGCUCCGAUCCGGCCACGCCCGCCCUGCUGCCGCUGCCAGCGAUCACCACGUCGGCGCACAAGAAGCCCGCCGGCGGCAAGAAAGAGAAGAAAGCGAGGUUCGUGACCGUGCCAGACGAGAUCAUCAGGUUCUAGAUCCUUGAGUGCAAAGUGCAAACCGAAGGGAUUGGAUCAAGUCCCCUGAAUUUCGUCGAAACAAGUUCUUAAGCUGAAACUGGAACUCCCCGGUCGGUCGAAUUUGCCGCGGUUUCGUGGUCUCUGAAGCCAGAAUGAUCCAAGGUUUGCGACCAUACACGCAAGAGAGCUGACAGUUUUGUAAUGCUCAUCUCCUUUCUAGUUUAUGUGAUGCAUGAUUUAUGGGAAAGAGAUUGUGUUUGCGUCAGGGUUAGUUGAACCGGGAACAUGAGAAGCAUGAGAAGCUGUGUGUGGAUGCCUUCCUGUCUCCCUAGCCCCUAUAGCAUUUUGAUGUGUGUGUUUGGGUGGUGGGUGGGGGGCACAGACUCACUCAUGUACAUAUUGGCUGCUGCUUAGUUGGCAUGUGCAUCCUCCAUUCUUUUUCCUCUCUUUUCCCCUGUGCGACCCGACCUCAUGUGUCGUCACUGACACGUGAGAUUAAACCCAU